AUGGAGCAAUACGUUGAGGAUUCACGUGCCACGAAUGCUUCGGAAAGCGAAGUUCCAGGUGAAGCUAGCUUAGGUGGAAAUGAAACCUUGGAGCAAGAUGCCCAGGUACCCAUAAUUACGUGUGACGAUGUGGCAGAUGCACCUUCAGCGCGGUCCAUCGACCAACAAAAGAAGCGACGAAGUGUACGGCAACUUAAGGAUUUGAUGAUACAAGAAACGAUCUUGUUCAUGGACUAUAGAAGAUUGAGGCGACGUUUCAAUGGCAUUAGACAGCCGCUGUCUUACAAAAAGGUAUUGUUCAUAUCACUAUUUUGUGUUUGUUUGGUUUUGGUUCCUUUUGGUUAUUUCAAGCAGGAAGAGGGUAAGUAUGUGAUGGGUCUAGAAAUUAAGCACGGAAUAAUGCCGUAUACAUCUUCUUCGCUGUUUGUUCUCGCUUCCUUUCUGUUGGCAAGGAUACAGCUUUCUAUACCUUUCAAGUGGCCCAUAGCUAUUUCUUAUCUCUUUAUGUUUGCUACUCUUAUCAUCAUGAUAGUAUCAAAGCACGUAAUCAAUCUUGGGGAUUUUGUUUGGCUCUCUCUUCUUGUAUAUACAAUACUUCAAAUUGCAAUAAUUGUAGGCACCAGAAUAGUUAUAUGGUUGGGCCCUCUUUUAGCCCUAAAUGGGCUGUUUUUCCCAUGCACGGAGCAUUUUCACCUUUUCGAAAGGAUGCGAAGGGGGGGAAACCUCAAUAUAACUAUUUCCAGGUACAAUGACUACUCAGUGAUGUGCGGAUCUAAUGGUUGUGGGCUGUGUACUUGUAUUUAUAGGGUGUCUUACCGUUGGUUACGGUGGCUGCUCAAGAAAAUAUUCGCAACCGAUGGCAUUACCAAGGGUGAUACACCUUUUUCGCACCAAAUGAGAUACAGAGGUGAAGUAGAUGAGAACGAGCAGCCACACGGUUAUGGAGAAUGGCUAGAGGAUGACGGUUAUGGAGAGAGGUUGCAAGGAUAUUGGUGGCAUGGUUAUCCAAUCGGCCCGUUUAGCUCACAAGAAAUAGGAUCUGGAUCCAUUUUUGUUAAUACAAGGGUUGCAUUUAUUACGGAUACAAGACGGCCAAAUGGUAAAGUAAGGUAUGGCGUUUCAUCAACGGAGUGUUCAAUCUCUGGGAACUUCUUUCGUGAAUUUCCGUUAACGUAUUUUUUCAACCCAUUGUACAAUGAUAAAAAUAAUCACAACCCAGGCGGCUUGUAUAAGCAUUGCAAAUUCUUUAACGUUUUAAAUGGCCGAUUCGCUGAUAUCCAAGGUGCAUCGUUCAAGUGGUGCGUCAGAAUGUUGAGGUCGCAAUUUUUCCUCAAUAUGCCUACAAACACGUCAACCAUUACCGUCUAUAUAGACAAAUUGUCGAACUCUUUGCGUUUAGAUGGGUAUAAGAGAACAUGUGAUACUUCUGAAGUCAAAACUUGUGAUGAAAUAACAAUAAAGCUUACGGCUAAUAGAGGUAUGGGUAUGUUGAGUAGGUUAAACCAACAGUACGGCAACAAUAGCACUCAUCGUAUGUACAGUAAUUUGGAGGCUAAUGAAUUAUCAAACAACAAAAAUUGUUCAGAUGAUGCAACUGAGGAUGACCAGAUUAACCGCGAACACACACCCGGCGGAUAUCUCAAAAUGAGAGCAAAUCGAGGAUUGCUUAACGUAUCACAUCCGGCUCACGGCAAAGAUGCCAUUUCACAUUUGUUUUUGGACGAAGAUGAUUGGGAGGAUCAGGUUAAUGCAACCGCCCCACAAAUCAUGGUUAAAGGGUGGGCCCCUAUUCGAACGUUUGGCAAAAAAGGAUGUAUUGCAGAUCAGGCAGUGGUAUACAUUCACGGUUACAAUGUGAGUCUGCAUGAAGCAUGCUCACAGAUGGCACACCUUGUGUCAUUCUCAAAACUACCUCCUUACGUCUUACCAUUUGUGUUUAAUUGGGACGGUCAGCACUGGGGACCUCUUGGCGCUAUUGCCUACCACAAGGCAAAAAGAAUAACGCAACAUCCUGGAUUGGAGGAAUCAUUUUGUGAACUCUUAAGCGAAUUGUUGGGAAUGGGAAUAAAAAAUGUUCACAUUAUAGUGCACUCGUGCGGAGCGCGCGUUUUCUUUAAGGUCUUUAGGGCUGCAAUACAAAAGGGCUUAAUCCUUCAGGUGCUGGGCACUGAUAAUCAAGCAACACCAAGCAACAGUUAUGCAACUGACAAAGCAACAUCUCAUUGUAAAAGUGUACCUAUUCGUAUGGACACUCUUAUGCUUCUCAAUCCAGAUUACCCCAUGGAAAGGUUUAGGGAUCAUGAUUAUUUCCUAGUUCGGAGCUAUUGCGAUCAUAUUGUGAUGUAUGUGGAUACAAGGGACCACUGUUUAACCAUGGCAGAACUUUUUAAUGGGGAGAUAUCCUUGGGAAUGUCAGUUUUUGCUAUGUGUACUACUCCAGAGGUGCUGGAUGAGAUAGUCCCCGAACUUGAGGCAUCCGGGCUUUGCUUGCCAAUGCAAAACAACCAGAACGUAACAGAAUUGCCCUUCGUGUCAAGUUACACCAUGUACAAGGGUAAAGUUGCUCUAUCCAGGCGAAAUCCUGGUGAAGGGUCACUUUCAAUUGACAUGACACCCGGCCAAGGAUCAGGCGCUCUAAAGAGAGAAACCAUUAACAACUCUAUCAUUUCACCAUCCCAGAACUACGUUGUAGGAAAUAGUUCAAAGAUAUCUGACGACAUGCAACCCUAUCGCCUUGCUAGGCUAAGUGAAGACCUUGGAGUAGAGAGCAGACAUCUUUGGUUAGAUAUGGAUGUUAUAGACACAACAAUGAUAGAUACUAAUGUUGACUUCCUGAAACACUCUCUCUAUCAAAUGAAGCGUGAAAUUAUGGAUGAUAUAAGAGAGGUAAUUCUGAUGAAGAUACGAGCAGACCAGCGUCAAACACGGUUAGAUAGGCGAAGAGGUAAUUCGUUGGCAACGGCGCCAGCCCCUUUAUCGAAAAACGUCGAAUUCCCAACACUAGUGAAACCCAGAUGGAUUAUAGAGCCGCCUAAUUACACAAGAACACCAUUGUGGCGGCAGUUCUUCGAGGCGCAAUUCUCUAGCCGAAACUUCCUAAUCUUCGGGUGUACGUGGACUGCUAUGGCGUCGAUUGCCUUCUUUAUGUGGCAUUCUAGAAUAUAUGAUACACCUCCCAGAGAAAGACUCGAUCGUUAUUGGUUGAAUUCGCCGAAAUGCCGCAUUUUAAGCGCGGUAUACAACCCAGGAAAACGUCCGGCGGCAGUGAUGUCUUUGAUGACAUAUGAAUCGAGAUAUUUCGAUAAAGGGCAUGACCACCCUUUUAACGUAAAUGAAAUAAAGGACUAUCUCUUCAAGCUUAAAGAGAGUUACCUCAUAGAGAACCACCCUGGGAUACAAUACCCUCAUGUAUUCAGACAACACGCCAAUGUCAAGACGCCUCCGGUGCUGGUUGCAAAUCUUCACUGA